CGCGAUGUCGUCUAGUUUAGAACUCACCCUUAUUCACCCCCAAGAACGCAUGGUCAGAUCCAUGAUCGCCUAGUCUUGGAAACACGAGAUGGAUCCGCAGAUGGCCUUCAACGGCCCUCUGCGUGGCCAGAGUGUCGUCGCCGGCAUGUCCGUCUCGGGCGGCACAGCCAACGUCCACUUCCAUCACGCCGCCAACAACCCCCCCCAAACAGCACCCUUGCGAGUCCUCCCCUUCUCCCGGAACGAGGAUGUCGUCGUUCGCCCCGGAAUCUUCUCUCAGCUCGCUCAGCUGCUCCCCGUCUCCGAGGCCCGACACGCCGCUCUCUGCGGCCUUGGCGGAUCUGGGAAAACGCAGGUCGCACUCGAGUUUGCCUACCGACGAGCCGACGAUGACAGCUCUUGCGCCAUCUUCUGGGUCCAUGCCGAUACCGAAGCAACCUUUACCCAAGACUACGCCUUGAUUGCGAGAAAGGCGGGAUUAUCAGCUCCGAAUAGCGAGGAGUUGCUGACGGCCGUGUGCCACUUCAUCGAAACACAGCCGCGGUGGCUGCUAGUUCUCGACAACGCUGACAACCUGCGGCUCUUCGGUGUUGGUGUCACGCCUUCGUCCGAGCAGGCCUCCUCGAAAAGUCUGAAUAGUUACGUGCCCAAAGGCCCCACGGGAUCGAUCCUAUGGACGAGUCGUGACGGCAGGAUUGCUGGCAGCCUCGUUGGACCGAUGCGGGCUAUUCAGAUUACCAGCAUGCUGCCUCUGGAAGCCCAAACACUACUCGUAACGGCGAGGGGCAGCAACCUCAAAGACGACGAGCUGGAUGACGCUGUGGCCUUGCUCUCGGAGCUGCAUUACAUCCCACUUCCAGUCUCCCAGGCUGCUUCAUACAUCCGAAGGACGGCCAUGCCAAUCAAGAAGUAUCUGUCCAGGCUCAGGGACGGGAAAAAGCGGUGGGCACUUCUCAAGAAGACCGACUUUGACCGCCAUCGCCGAGAAGGAGUCAGCAACAGUAUCCUGGAGACAUGGAACAUCACCAUCGAACUCCUCAAUGAGGAAGACAAGACGGCUGUGAAGAUCCUUCACAUUCUGGCGUACUUCGACAAUCAGAACAUCCCCAGAAAGAUGAUCAAAGCCGUAGCAGCAGCAGCGGUAGCAACAGCAGACACAUUUUCAGAGGUGGCUUGCGAAGACAACGACGGAAGUUGGGAUGUCUCAUGCGCGGAGAGCGAAAGUGACGAAGACCCGGAAGGCGAUGACCAGGACGCAGGUGAUGGUGACGAUAUCCCGCAUGUCACUACCAAUGACUCGGACAAAGGCGAAGAAGAUGCAAAAGACACCAUCGACGCACCUAGCUAUGCUGCCGGACACUCGGAUAACAUUGAGGAAGUCACAACCGACAGUGACAACACUACGGAUGAUAGCGAUGAAGACACGAGUGACAGUGACGACUCCACUGAGGAUGCCCUCACCCGGCUACGAGAGUUCUCGUUUCUACACAUGACAACACGCCCAGACGGCAAACAAGUCUACGACAUGCACAAGCUCGUGCAGGAGGCCACUCUGUACAGCCAUGGGGUUGAAAAGAACAGCAGUAGCAAUGCGAGCCAUUCUCAGAUGGCGAUUCGGAUACUCACGAACCUUUUCCCAGAACGCAAGCGGGAAACCUGGGAAGACUGUGAGACUCUCAUCCCGCACGUCAUGCGACUCAGCAGAUGCGCCAAAAUACCUGGACAGGAAUUGCCAAUCUCGAACUUGCUAGGUCGUGCGUCCGAUUAUUUAUACGACCGAGGACGUUGGAGCGAAAGAGAGGUCGUGGAUGAAUUGGUGUACUCGUUGCGCCUCAUGACUCUGGGCCAGAGACACCUUAAAACCAUUAAAAGCAUGACCCAGCUUGGAGUAACAUACCAUGGACAGGGUAGAUACAGAGAAAGCGAAAGGAUCUCAGCAGAAGUACUGAAGCUGCAUCAGGAGGUUCUUGGUCCAAGACACCCUCAGACUCUCAGAAGCAUGGCUGAGCUUGCAACGACAUACCACAGCCAGGGAAGGCUUGAAGAGAGCGAGAACAUCAAGACAGAGGUAUUAGAACUGCAACGGGAGGUUCUUGGUCGAAGACACCCUGAGACAAUUAAUAGCAUGGCUCAGCUUGCAAUAACAUACCACAACCAAGGUAGAUACGAAGAGAGCGAGAACAUCACAACAGAAGCAUUAGAGCUAUCGCGGGAGGUUCUUGGCCCAAGACACCCUGAGACAAUUAAAAACAUGGCUGAGCUUGCAACAACAUACCACAACCAAGGUAGAUACGAAGAGAGCGAGAACAUCACAACAGAAGUGUUAGAGCUGCGACAGGAGAUCCUUGGUCCAAGACAUCCUGAGACAAUUAAAAUCAUGGCAGAUUUGGCAAUAACAUUCUAUGCUCAGGGUAGGUACAAAGAGAGCGAGAACAUCACAACAGAAGCAUUGGGGCUAUUGCGGGAGUUUCUUGGUGCAAGACACCCUAGGACAAUCAACACGAUGUUCUGGCUGGCCAGGUGCUGGAACCGCCAAGGCAGGGAUGAGGAGGCAAUGGCACUGAUGAACGAUUGUUAUCGGCUACAUUGCGAUGUUUUGGGCCCGGAACACCCGUAUUCUAAGGAGGUGAAAGACGAUGUAGAUUCAUGGGUCUUGGCUCGAAGGGAGGCAGAACACCCAUCCGGAUGAACGUGGCUUGAGGUCUACAAUACUGUGCUCAUCGUGUAUUUGAGAAGCUAUUGAGUCACGCCAUCCUAGUCAAUGCAAUAAUAU